AAGCAAUUGCUACUGGUGUCUUCUCCAACAGUACAGAAAGCCAAAAAAAGGGAAAAAUGUUGACAAAAAAGAAGCAGCUAUGGGCACCGUUUCUCUCUACAGUACUCCAGCGCAGAACUUUUCAUUCAACGGCGCGUCGUUUCUUACCACAAAUCCACUCCUAUUCCUCGUCUGCUAUCACGAAUUCAAGAUGCUCUAAAAACCAUCACUUUCUCGAGAAUCCUCUAAAUUAUUUUUCUCGGAAAAAUUUCUUCUCCUCCGAACCGUCCGGAUAUACUCAUAGUUGCUGGAACUGCAAUGCGCAGCCACAACAGCAAUCUCUGUUUCUGGUUUGCGAGUCCUGCCGAGCUAUACAGCCGGUUGAUCAAUCUAUUGAUUACUUUCAGAUUCUCGGACUGGAGAAGAAAUAUGAAAUAAAAGAGGGUGAGAAUUUGGAGAGGAAGUACAAAGAUUGGCAGAAAUUACUGCAUCCUGAUUUAGUUCAUUCUAAAUCUCAGAAAGAGAGAGAGUUUGCUGCUGAACAGUCUGCUCGCGUUAUUGAUGCUUAUAGAACGCUUUCAAAUCCUCGCUUAAGGGCAAUUUACAUUCUAAAGCUUGAAGGAGUAGAUGUUAAUGAAGAAGAAACAAUUUCUGAACCACAUUUGCUAGCUGAGAUUAUGGAAAUUAGAGAAGCAGUUGAGGAGGCACCCGACUCAAAGGCUUUAAGUGCGAUUCAAUCUCUGAUGAGAGAAAAGUUGCUAAACUGGUCUAAUUCAUUCGGAAAUGCUUUUGAAAGGCGGAAAUUUGAAGAUGCUAUAGCCUGUAUUCGUCGAAUGACUUACUAUGAUCGUGUGAAUGAAGAAAUUGUGAAGCGGCUUUAGAAAGCGUUAUUUAUAGGGAUUUAGAGGGGGCAUUACGUUAUCCGAUGGAUUUCAAUCAAGAUAAUGGCUACAGUUGUGGUCGCGGCUGUAUAUAACCAAAACAUAUCAUUAGCGGGCAUAACGUUGCUUAACUGUCUGCCGAAGCGUAAUUUUUUUUGUAAAGUACGUGGAAUUAACAUAUUUUUAAAGAAUUAAAAUGAAAUUUAAUUAUCAUUAUUCUUAUCUUUA